CCAUCCGGAGUGCGACAGAAUGGCUUCGAUGCGCCAUCAUCGCUUUGCGCCGAAAUGCAGUGCACUCAGCCGCAGCAGUCCAGCGUCCGCGUCAGGCCGACAUUGUCAGUAGCUGCUGGUGUUGCAACCGCACAAGGAACAGCAGCAGCAGCAGCACCAUUGAUUGGAACGCCGGUUCCGGCGCAUCAGCAUAAGUACCAUUGGCAUGACCUGUCCGACACGGGUCCCACUGAACCAACAGCCCAGCAGCAGCGCUACACAAAAUAUAUAUCGGUUCGUUUACGCUGGUGUGAGUUCCAGCCAAAGCCGGAACCCGUGGACGAUUACUAUCAGGCGCCACCUACAACGUUUGCUCAGUCCGGGCCAGCAUUUUCUUCAGGUGACACUAUACUGGUAGCUACAGACGCAGGGCACCGCACGGCGCAGAAUCAUCCAGUCCCGUCCACUUUUCGACAUAUUGGUAAGUGCGCUAAUACGCCGAAAGUUCGUAAAUAUCCAAGUCGAUUGUUAAAGGCUCCGUCGCAUGAACGUCCCUACAAAUGCCCGAUUGAAAACUGUGAUAGACGUUUCUCAAGGUCAGAUGAGUUGACGAGACAUAUUCGAAUUCACACUGGGCAAAAACCUUUCCAGAGUGGGCGCCAUAUGGUUGGAGCUAUGUUGUUUUUCAAAAAAUCGCAAUGCCUCUGCCUAGAACUGUCACAGUGCGUUAUGAAAGUAUAUAAAAAUUCGAUGCAUUUGCAUCACCGAAAGGGUUGGCUUCAGUGUCGCAUAUGUAUGCGGGCGUUUUCGCGCAGUGACCAUCUCACAACGCACGUCCGGACACACACAGGCGAAAAGCCGUUUAGCUGCGACGUUUGUGGCAGGAAGUUUGCUCGUUCGGACGAACGUAAACGACACACCAAAGUGCACAGCAAGCAGAAGGUAAAUUUUGGAUGUAUGGUGGUUCUUCUCGUUCCGGUCUGA